AGAACAUGAGAAACUGCACCAGGACCUCCACGCCUUUUCUUCUACCAUCAACACGUACCUUCGCUGUGUGUCUGCUUGCAUUAUUUAGUGACAUUUAUGUGUAACACCAGAAACACAGGAAAACGUUACAUCAAGAUCUUCGAACUUCCUAACCAAUUUCACCGAACCUUUCCCCAAAGACAACUCUAACCCACUCUCUCACUUCUUCAAAAUUGCAUGUUUUCCUAAUCAAAAUCGUCACUCAUUUGCUCCAUGGAUUGCUCGGAAGCAAUUCUUGAAAAGCCGGCCGUGGCCUACGAAUUCCUUUUCAAGUCCGCUUUAGCAAUACCCUUAUCGCACUAUUUGGUGGGGUUGCUUCUCUUGUGCCUUGUUUUACUCUACAAUUAUUUGGAGUUUCAUUUUUUUCAGGAUCUUUUUACUGGGUUUCGGGGGGGACCUGUGUUCUUGACGUACAACCCCAGCUCGGAGAUUUAUCAUGGUGUUGUGUCCAAGUGUAGGACGCUUCAUGGAAGGUACUUGGCUACACCCUGGCUGUCAAGUCCACAUUUCCAAACUUCUUUCGUGAACUUCUUUGGAAGGCCACCAGUGUUUACCUAUAGAAGACAGAUGUUUCAUGCAUCUGAUGGUGGGAUUUUUGCUCUGGAUUGGCUAAUGCAUUCUGAUGUGGCAGUGUCUGAAGCGGCAUUUCAAAAUAAUCAUGCCAUGAGUAAGGAUGAUGCAACUCCUAUUGUGGUUAUGGUCCCAGGACUAACAAGUGAUUCGGCUUCUCCUUAUAUGAAACACCUUGUCUUCUAUACGGCAAAACAGGGAUGGAAUGUGGUUGUCAGCAAUCACCGAGGACUAGGUGGUGUCUCAGUUACUUCUGAUUGCUUCUACAAUGCUGGAUGGACCGAAGAUGUGCGUGAAGUCAUUACGUACCUACAUCAAGAAUAUUCUGCAGCUCCAUUGUUUGUUGUGGGAACUAGUAUUGGAGCAAACAUUUUGGUAAAAUAUCUCGGAGAGGAAGGGGAGAAUGUUCCGAUUGCAGGUGCUGCAGCAGUUUGCUCUCCUUGGGAUCUCUUGAUUGGUUCCAGGUUUAUAUGCCGAAGGCUUAUCCAAAAGUUAUAUGACAGAGCUCUUACCAUUGGUCUUCAAGGUUAUGCACAGCUACAUGAAACCCGUUAUUCUCGACUUGCUAACUGGGAUGGUAUUAAAAAGUCACGCUCUAUUCGAGAUUUUGAUACCCAUGCCACAUGUCUUGUCGGGAACUAUGAGACCGUGGAUACAUACUAUAGGCGAUGUAGCAGUUCAUCCUUCAUCGGGCAAGUUUCAGUCCCACUCCUCUGCAUAAGUGCAUUGGACGAUCCAGUGUGCACGAGAGAAGCCAUUCCUUGGGAUGAAUGCCGAGCAAACAAAAAUGUUGUCUUGGCUACAACGCAACAUGGUGGACAUCUGGCUUUCUUUGAAGGCCUAACUGGAUCUGGCCUGUGGUGGGUGAGAGCAGUUAAUGAAUUUCUUGCAGCUUUACUUGCAAGUCCUUUCAUGCAUACACAAAAGAAGGCGGAAAGUCUUGCGCCUCAUUCUGCACUUACACAAUCUUCUAUCGAUCAAGGCCCAUAUCUUAAUGUAGCCGAUGGAAUGGUGGCUGCAAUGGUCAAUGAGCGAACAGAUGGUGCCAUCAAUGAGACGGCUGAAGAGAACAAAGAUCAUGGCCAGACUAAUCAAAUAGCUUCCGGUACAGAAAACCAUCCAUUCACCAGUGGUAGAAAAUCUAAUUCUGCUGUAGAUGCCAGUCAAAGCUCUGAAGAUGGUGUUGAUUCGAAGGGCUCAGGUAUUGUUGCGAGGUGCUUAUAUCAGCUUUCCCGACAAAAUAACAAGUCAGUCUGGCUGCUUGCUUAUAUAGCUAUUGUAUCAACCUGGCCACUAGUUGGGGCUGCACUUGGUUUUUUCUUCGGGAGGAAGUUGAAAAGAGCCUUGCCAGGAAAACCACCAAAAUGAUCGACCAUAAUGCGGCUGUAAUAUGUACAUUUGUCUGUAAUAUGUAAAUUUUAAUGCGGCUCUUGAACCAUCCCCAUAGGUAAAACUUUUGCUUUCUGUUGGUAAUAAGCUUCAAGAGAUGUCAUGAUUUAGUUUUUGUUACCUUUUGGUUUCAUUUUUCCUAUGUUGGAGUCUCGGGAAAUAAUUGAUAGGGAAUUUGAAUUUCUGGAUAAGUGUAGAACAACCACAAAA